UCAGCUUCAACAGACCAAGACACAAGAUCGAUACUAACUCCUCUCAAGAAGAAACAUCUUCCAACCUGAACUAUUAUAUAACCAUCAUCGACCUUGCCUCUUUGCCAUCUCAACUCGCCGCCUCAUCUGGUAUACUCCAAAAAGAUUACCAAAGCAUCAUCACAGACCAAGCCAACUAGCCCAGGCAUCCCUGCCCCACUGCAUCUUGCACCCCCCGAUCUCGCUUUGAGUCAUACCAGCCAAAAUCGCGACAUAUCAGUCACCAUUGGUGCACAGUCAUACAAAAUGUCGACAACUACCACAACUUCCACCUUCACUGCUCCUCACACACAACAACCUCUCCGCCUUGCCGUCCAGAAGAAGAAGAUGAGCAUCACCCAGACUUACUACCUCGCCCACAAGGCCCGGGCCAAGCUCUCCUCUGAGGCUGCCCGCGCCGACCACGACCUCCGCCUCCUCGUCGGCCACGCCAACCUCCUCGACUCCCUGAUGCUUGAGCUUGCCGACGCCGAGCGGGAACAAGAGAGCUGGUUCAACCAGUCUGUCCGCGGUGCCACCAAAACCGAGUCCGCUCCCGCUGCCACCAAGGACCGUCACAUCCAAUGGGCCGACUCCAUCGCCGAGGACUCGGAGGACCUCUACGAGGACGACUCCUCCGACUCGGACGACUCUUCCGUCUCUUCUGACGACGACUACGAGGAGGAUGACAUUGAGAUGGCCGACACCGUCUCCCUCCGCCGCAUGCCCUCCGCUGCCCCCGCUUCUCCGAGAACAUCCACCAUCGAGGUCUCGGAAGACUACGACAUGGAGGAGGACGACCUCGAGGAGGACUACGCACAGCUCGAGCUCGUCCGCACACCAUCCCACUCCAGCUCCAGCUCACCACCAGAGCUCGAGCACGAGCACGACUCUGACAUCUCAGAUGACGAGUCGAUGCCCCCAUCACCGCCAAAUGCAGUGCUCACCUUCAACGAGAAGGAGGCCAAGGAAGAGAUCUCUCAACAACAAUCACAACAGGGCGAUGGUACCUUCUACUCUGAAGGCUACUACCUGCCGGCCCGCAACCCAGCAAGGCUCGUGUCUGCCAUCUCAGUGUACUGAGUCUACACCUGAGAGCACACCCUACCUUGUAACAUGAUCUCUUCUUUGGCUUUUUACAUCAGCGAGCGUUUGCAUAUUAUACGGCGUUAUCAUUUGUCACCGAUACCAAACUACAACGGCAUGGGUUACGAAUUACUUGGAUUACAAAACGACAGCAAUGUCUUCUCAACUCUUCUCUCUCAUCUUAUUUUCCUAAAUGUCGCUACGAGAAAGCAUGGGGUGCCUAUUUUGGAGGACCCUGAUGGAUAAUGGAACCGGACUUUUCUUUUCUUCAGCUGUCUUCCCGCUCCCGGGCUCCAGUCCGCGGUCGAGUGGUACCGGCACAAUGUGUUACAGAAACCAGAUAGAUAGCCGCUUAGGGGUCAAACAGUGCCCCUUCCAAAAGCGAAGCAUCAAACAAUUGAAAAUCAAUGAAAUCAAACCCCCU